AUGCUCCUUACAAUAAAAACAACGCACCCUCGGGCAAAUGACCUGAUGUCCCUGCUCUGGAACUGGCACCUCCACAAGCGAGAAACAACACUCUUCCGCCGCCUCGGCAUGCACAGCCUAGAAAUCGCUGGGCUCUCAACCGCGAUGCUCAUCAUUCCUCUUAUCAUGCACCGUGUCGUCCAGGGUUUUGACGAAAUGUAUGACAUUCUGGGGCGGCGAGCAAAAUCACCGUACGCUCAGUUGUCUUGGGUAAAUAUCGCAUUUGCAUUUGUGAUGCUGGUCGGGUGGCAUCUGUGGCUAGGGAGGCUGACCUACUUGACGGUAUUGGAGAGCGAUGUAGAUGAAGAGAAGGACGACGGAAGGAAAGACGAGAUUACAGCUUUGUCUAGUUCGGCGGAGAGAAGCAAGAAUGGGUCAGGAAAGGGGGGAAUAUCUUGGAGUCGCAUACUAGGACGCAUCUUGAUACCUCUCCUACUUGUAACAUUGGGACUGCAUUUUGGGUAUCAAGUCUGCCGACAAUUAAUAGCAGACACAAGACCGCUUAUCACACGAAAUGAUGUCGACAUGCAGGAAGCAAUGGGACAGCUCUAUGGGCUAGUGUAA